AAAGAAGAAAACUGAAAUUCGAGAUAGCCUUUGAGCACGAUAAUUCUCUGUGUCAGCUGCAGAAAAAGAGUCCUCAGUCAGCUGUUGAGGGCUUAGAGUAGGACACUUCUCAGACAAGGAAUUCAUGUAUAGAACACUCUUGCGGCGACGACAAGGCAACUACUUAAGAGAAGGAGAAAUUAUACCUACUACAACUUACAAGCUUGGACGACGUAAGAAUUGUGAAUCAAUACAUCAAAAGCGAAGAAUAAAUACAUAUCAAAUGACGGAGUCGCAGCCGCCGGCCGAUGCCUCUCCUCCGGAGAGCAGUCCUCCAGCGCCUCUUCUCUUGCAUCACAAUACACGAAUUAUUGGAGAGGCACCUGCACAGAUGAAGGAAGCUCCUGCCUGCUCAACACGGGAGUCUGAAUUUUUGGCAGAGAUGGCGGCAUUGACCGGCAACUACUGUGGUAAGAGGCCCGUCCGGAAAGAGGUAGAGGUGGCGAUUUGUCGCGGAAGCAAGCACUACGACGUGCAGGGUUCAAAAAUCGUGAACACACUCGACGGCCUCUUUGGGUUCGGAAAUGUGCCAAAGACAGAGGUACUGACUGCUCUGAAGCAUUUCUUCAGCUCCUCUGUGAAAUACAAGUCCAUCAAGUAUCAACAAGCAACUAGUACAGCGAUGUGCGUUACGCCAUGAUAGCUAUUCGUUGUAUUGCUAUCAUGAUACCUAACGAACCUCACACUAGAAGUACGUAGCAGGAGUACUACUUCAUACUAGUGCUUUUAAUUCCACCAAUUCUAUGUAAGUAAAUGUAUCAAACCAGCAGGUAGCUUUUCCCUCGAUGACUGACGAGGCAGAAAACCAUGUGGGAAAACAGGGCGACAGAGUUGUUGCUCGAGACACAUGGGGUUGCGAUAAGGCUGUUGCUAUGGACAGGUUAGCGAAAGUUUUGCAGCACAAAGCAUACUGCCGAUUUCGAAAUGUCAGGGAGGCUUUCAGGCUCGUUGAUUUGGACAAGGUACAUGAUUACAUUUAAUGAAAGUAUCUUCUAGUUCUAGUACUAGUUUUUAUAAAUUUGAAUAUGCGGGUAAAUAGAUCUUGUUUUCAAAUAGGGACUAAGAGGUGCAUUUAGUCUAAGUGAGGCUCACAUUGGUAUAAUCCCUAAAGCUAAAGUGCUACCUAGAUAAUCAUCUUCUUGCUCUUCCCCAUCCACAGAAAGAUCUUCACAUCUUUCUACUCAUUAGUCCGGCCGUGUUGAUCGAAGCGAAAUGCGUGGAUUUUUUUCGCAAUUCAACCUGAGCGACGCGUCAGCGGACUUGUUCUUCGACUCUUUAGGACCCAACGAAAACGACGAAAUCGACUACGUGGUUUUCAUGAACCGCUUUGGAUCCAUCGUGCUACCAGGGGCAUAUGCAACGGAAAGUGCCACCCAAGAACAUGCCCAAGAACCACGAAAUCUAGUCUACGGUCCAGGGUGGUUGCGCAAGCUAGGAUGAACGUGCGCCUUCAGAGGUUAUGUAGGACCCUAGCGCUGUCGAAUCCACGAUUGAUGUGAAAAGACGACGAGAAGAAAAUCACUUCAUGGCUUCCUACGACGUAGACAACGCGAACACAUCAUAGUCACCACGACCACGACGUCAGCGAUUAUUCAUACAUACUACUGCUGCAACUCUUACUCUCACAAAAUAAUGCUGCUUAAGGGACUGUCUCUGUCUCUCGCUCAAAUUUGUGCAUAUUACCGCCUAAUCUUUUUAAUAUGAUCGUAUUCGUAUCAGUAGUUCAUGUUCUUACCAUAUUGAAACAAGACUAUCUAUGAAUCAUUAUUCUCCAUGUUUCGCUUUGUUCGGUACUUGUAGUACUAGUAGACGUGCUUAAGAUUAAGCUUUGUCAAUUUUCAAUUUCAUCGGAGUUAUCCUGCACGAGCACGAACAUAUUUUUAUGUUAAGCCCUGAAAAUCACUAUUAGAAAAGAAACAGGAAGCAUCAUCGCAGUAGGUAGAGCUAGUUUUGUAAAGUGGAAAUUUUGCAUUUGCACAGUCAUGUGUGAAGUGAAUAGCAGUGCCAAGUGAUAUGUUAUGCAUCAUUUUGUCCUUCUGAAACUGAAAGACUUUUUUUGAAAAUUGACUAAGCUUCCCUGGCAAGAAAGAUUUGUUUUUGUGGUGAAUUUCAUGCUUAUGAGAAUCGAAAGAAAAUGAAGGCUCCUCCUUGGCUGAAAAAGUGCCGGUUGGUGAGACACCAGGCCUACUCUGCGCAGUAAAAAAGUAUUGGUCAGUUGGACAGUCCUGGCUGCUAACUUUCAGAGUCAUCUGAUCAAGUCAUUCAGAAUUCUGGUGGGUGCUAGUCGUGCUGACAUCUCUCUCGUCAUGAUAGGAGUGCUUGCCAGGAUCAUUUUCAUUCGCGCUGUUGUCGUGAUCAGGAGUCGAUCCGUGUCAGG